AUGGCAGAGAAGAGUGAUGUCUUCGUAGGAGGAGAGAUGGUACUGGUAGAGGCGACGCCGGCGGGGGAUCACCACGGCCACCAGCACAACCUUGGUACCACUGUUGUCGUUGUUGGCCCGUCAAGGGUUACUGAUGAUCACCUCAAGGUGGUGGGAGACACGGGCAAACAUGAGCAGCUGCUGGUGGAGCGCUUCGCGGUGGUGGAACCGCCCGUGGAAUCACAGGCUGCGGCGGAGCGGCAGGCCGACAUGGUGGCGCUCCUCGCCGGCUUCGCCCACCACCUCCAGGAGAGGACCGCCCACCACUUGGGGUACCCGUUUAACCUGGACUUCGACUUCAGUGCCCUCAACCAAUUCCAGAGCUUCUUCAUCAACAACGUGGGCGACCCUUUCAUCGGGAGCAACUACGGCGUGCACUCGAGGCUGUUUGAGGUGGCCGUGCUCGAUUGGUUUGCCCGCCUCUGGGACCUCCAGCAGGACAAAUACUGGGGAUACGUCACCAGCUGCAGUACCGAAGGGAACCUACACGGCCUACUAGUUGGGAGGGAGCUUUUUCGUGAUGGGAUUAGAUACGCGUCUCGUGAGUCGCACUACUCCAUCUUCAAGGCGGCUAGGAUGUACGGAGUUGAGUGCGUCAAGAUUGAUACUCUUGUUUCCGGAGAUAUGAACUGCACAGAUUUUAAGUCCAAGCUGCUGAAGAACAGCGGGAGACCUGCGAUUGUCAAUGUGAAUAUAGGUACGACCGUGAAGGGAGCCAUCGAUGAUCUUGACAGGAUCAUAAGAACACUUGAAAAAUGUGGGUUCCAAGAUCGAUUCUACAUCCAUUGCGAUGGAGCUCUAGCUGGCCUUAUGAUGCCAUUUAUCAAACAAGCACCAAAGGUGACGUUCACGAAACCUAUUGGAAGCGUGAGCAUCUCGGGCCACAAGUUCAUGGGAUGUCCAGUGCCAUGUGGUGUGGUAAUAACCAGGCUCGAGCAUGUAAAAGUGCUCUCCAUUGACAUUGAGUACAUAUCAUCUAGAGACGCAACAAUCAUGGGUAGCCGCAACGGGCACGCACCCUUGUUCUUGUGGUACAACCUGAAUAAGAAUGGUUACAGAGGCAUCCGCAAAGAAGUCGAGAAGUGCAUGAGAAAUGCUCAUCACCUUGUCAGCCGUCUUAGGGAGAAGGGGGUGAGUGCAUACCUAAACGAUCUAACCAACACGGUGGUGUUCGAGAGGCCACGGAAUGAGGCAUUCGUCCACAAGUGGCAACUCGCCUGCGAGAGGGGCAUUGCACACGUCGUGGUAAUGCCAAGUGUGAGGGUGGAGAAGCUCGACGUCUUCGUCGAAGAGCUUGCUGUCGGAAGAAGGAUGUGGCAUGAAGGCGGAGGGUUUAGCAUGUCGUGUGUUGCCGAGGACACCGGGGAAGGAAAUUGCCUCUGUGAUGUGCAUGCCAAGAAGUCAAUAGCUGCAUAAGAUCGUUGGAGGAUUGGCGACUGAUAUUUUAUAAAACUUGAAUUUUUCAAGGGCGCACAUGAUUUAUCUGGCUUUCAUAAUUUGGACCACAAUGCUUGUUGUUAUCCUUUUUUUUCUUUUGUUGCAUUAUCUAUGAUAGUGACAUGUAUUUAGUUGUACACUGAUUAAUUGAUUGAUUUGGUGUUUUC